ACGACGGUGUGGUGUGUCGUGUCCUUGUAAUGGGCUGAUAAUGUACGUUUUUGUUUACGAAAACAAAAAUCACAGUUGGAAGGUGAAAUAAAAGUUGAAAUCUACGAAGAGUGGCAUUUCGGCCACAACCUGGCACAUCGAUUUAAAAACUCGACACGUGAUUAGAAAAUUAAGCCUGUGCCCGCCAGCAUGCCUGUUCUGUGCAGCCGCUGUGAAAUCAAGAAAGCACAUCUGAAACGCCCCAAGACUGGACACUCGCUGUGCAAGGAGUGCUUUUUUUGGGUGUUUGAGGAGGAGGUACAUCAUAGCAUUGUCUCUGCCAAGCUGUUUAACAGGGGGGAGACAGUCGGAAUCGGGGCAUCCGGUGGCAAAGAUUCCACUGUCCUAGCUCAUGUCAUGAAGGUUCUCAAUGAGCGUUAUGACUAUGGCUUGAACUUGAUAUUGCUCUCUGUUGACGAAGGCAUAACUGGUUACAGGGAUGACUCUUUGGAGACUGUGAAACGCAACCAAGAGCAAUAUGAAUUGCCACUGAAGAUUGUUUCUUAUGAGGAGCUCUAUGGCUGGACCAUGGAUACCAUUGUAAAGCAAGUGGGUUUGAAGAACAAUUGCACCUUCUGUGGAGUUUUCCGGAGACAGGCACUGGAUAGGGGAGCCAUGAUGCUUGAAGUGGACAAAAUUUGCACCGGACAUAAUGCUGAUGAUGUUGCAGAAACUGUGCUGAUGAAUUUCCUUCGGGGUGAUAUUGCCAGGCUGCGGCGCUGCACAGCCAUUUCAACAGGCAGUGAGGGGGCUAUACCUCGCUGCAAGCCACUCAAGUACGCCUACGAGAAGGAGAUUGUCCUGUAUGCAUAUUUUAAGAAACUGGACUACUUCUCCACUGAAUGCAUUUAUUCCCCCAAUGCUUACAGAGGACAUGCUCGCAGCUUUCUAAAAGAUCUUGAGUCCAUCCGCCCAAGCUCGAUCAUUGAUGUGAUCCACUCUGGUGAGAAUCUGUCUGUCAAGGAGGAGGUACGCAUGCCCAUUCAGGGCAACUGUGCCCGUUGCGGGUACAUUUCCAGCCAGAAACUCUGUAAGGCCUGUGUGCUUCUUGAGGGACUCAAUAGAGGCCUUCCAAAACUAGGGAUUGGUAAACACCACAAGCUACAGGAUAAGCUUCUGAAAAGUCAACCGCUGACCGAAGAAGAGGAAAAGAAGUUCAAAAUGAUCAGCUUCUGAUGUUUAGGAUACAAGAGCAUCUCAUUUGUGGGGUGAAGGGGUAGAAAUUGAGUGGCAUUUUUAUUUUUGUCAUUUGCGUGAAAUUAAGAAAUAA